AUGGAGUCAGCACCUGCAUACUAUUGGGCCAUGCGCACCGAACUGGUCGAAACACUUUUCAACGACGAUGAGCUCUUCUUGGCCGAGAAAGAAGCCCGCAGCCUCCUCAAGGAGCCCAUGAUGCCUCGUUACUAUCGCAUCCACUGCCUCGUACUUCUUGCACAAAGCCUGAAAGACUGGCAUGAGUCCAAGUACUAUCAAGAUUGCGCCGAGCAGAUAUGGCAUCGUAUGCGCCUUCUAUGGCCCGUUGAGAGGUUGAGCGCCGACGACAAUUCGCUCAUGGAUGAACUUCGCACCAUGCUUGAUGAACUGGAAGAGGAUAUGGUUGCCGAUAAGCCGAAGAAUGCACAUGCGGAAUUUAACGGUGAUGUGGUCGUGUACCAACCCGAGUCUACAGAAGAUGAAGAGGAUUCGGCCGAGUCUAUGGUGGGCAGUCCAUUUGAGAAAGUUGCAAGAAAGUCUGAACAGAAGGAAAAGGAGUCUUAG